AUGGCAGAUGGGGCAGGAUCUGCAGAGGCCAAGGGCGCCGUUGCCAAUGAGCCGGAGAAGAAGAAAAGCCCGUGGUUGGAUGCCUGGUACGACCCUGUGGCCGGAAUGAGCUGCUACUCGUCGUUUCUAUGUCUUUCAGACCUUGCUGCAGAUGGCGAUCACCGCCUUGUGAUGGUCGACAUGAAGAAGCGUAUCCGCAUGUACAAGGGAACAACCAUCCAAUGGGAGCACAAGCUGCCUGACGUACCUUGUGCUGUUCAGUCCUUCUACCACGAGGCCGGGCAUCCACCCAUACCAACCCUGGCCGUCGCCAGUGGGCACCGGGUCUUAAUCUUUCGGAACAUGCGGCCUUCGAUGCAGUACAGGCUGCCACCUCUGGAGAUCGAUCCGGUCGAGAGAGACAUCUGGAAGGACCUAACCCAGGAUGGGGCUGACAUCCAAGCGGGCUUCGACAGGUUGAACGCGGCCCGCGAAAACGGAACGGCUUUGUCCAACCAGUCCAUUGACUUCCUAGCUGUCGAGGACCUCGAGUCGCAGACGGAGUAUGUCCGUGCAUGCAGGCCGAAUGAGGAUCAUCUUCUCCAGCAACAGACGGCAAUAACGUGCAUGGAGGUCUUGAAACAGAAUAUGGAUGAGCAGACCGCGGUCAGCAUGCUGGUGAUUGGCACGGAGAAUAGGAUGAUCUACAUCCUGAAUAGUUCUGCCCUGGAGAUUGCUGCCAAGGUGAAGCUAGAAGCCGUGCCCACAUUCAUAUCAGUGCUGGGACUGUUCGACGUGGAAUACAGGAUAACUGUAGCUUGUCGAGAUGGCAACAUCUACACCGUCAAGAAUGGACAGGUGCUGAGCAACGUCAUUGAGUUGGAAACGCAGCCAGUCGGCCUGGUCCGAUUUGACAAAAAUGUCUACGUCGGCUGCAUGGACAACGUCAUUCACUGCUUUCACUUCAAGGGCAAAAAGAAUCACUCGAUUUAUUUGCCUUGUCCCAUAUCUUGCAUGUCCCUCUUGCAAAUCACCAAGUCGCGUGUGGCAAAGGCUCUCGUGGUAGCCCUGCAAAAUGGCGAGGUGCGGCUCUACAACGGCAAGCACCUUAUCGCCACGGUGGAAACGAACGAUGUAGUUACCGGCAUCAAGCUGGGCACGUUUGGCCGCGAGGAGGGCUCGAUGGUCCUUAGCUUCAAAUCUGGAGCACUCAUGGUCAAAAUCUUGCAGCGCAAUGCCAACUUGGACGGCACCUCUGUGACGGUUGGUCCGCCACCCGAGCAGGACAUACCUUUGGAUGUGCCAAAGAAGACCAAGUUGUAUGUGGAGCAGACCAGCAGAGAAAGGGAGCAAGCCAUUGACAUGCACAGGACCUUUCAGCGGGACUUAUGCAAGCUCCGGCUUUCCACCGCCCGCGCGUAUGUGAACUUGUUGGGAACUGGCCAUGGGCCGAUGUCCACAGCCGCUGGCGCCCAGGUUCGCAUAAAUGCCCAGGUACUAGGCAUGGGCCCUCAGUUCAAGAUUCUGGUUCGGAUUCAGAACGCUGGUGCCACCGCACUCUAUGACGUGCCGGUUCACUGCACGACCAAUCAGAAUCUGUACCGCAUACCGAGGCCUAGCUUCUUCCUGCCAGUCCUGGUGCCUCAGCAGGUCUACUUGGUCGAGGUUCCCCUGACCUGCGUCAAUGAAAAUGGCGGAACCGCGGCGGUCCGCAUUUUUCUUGCGAGUGCGCGGGGGACGGUACCAUUGAUUUCAGCGAUAGUGCAGAUGCCCAUCUCCGAGCCAGCCAUCAUUGACUCCUUCUAG